AUGGUGGAUACCUACGAUGGUCCUUUGGCGGACGAUCUUUCCGACCUCAGCAGCCCAUCUAGCCCUACGCAGACUGCGUCAAUGAGCGAUAGUGAAGAACCAUCAUCAAAGGAGAUCAACCGCCGUCUGGCCCAAGCUCUGGACUACCUGGAUGAGCAAGGAGGUGAUGACUCUCCCACGAUAUAUAUGGAGCGUGUAAACAGAAUCGACAAAUAUCUCGUACAGCAACUGCCUCAGCAAGGGAUCAAAUUUGACAAUGCACUCUAUCAACACUUGCGAGAUACGGUCAGACAAGAGGUGGAGGCCUAUGAUGCGGCCAAACAAAGCGCACGAACCGUGGUGGAGAACGAAGAGUCCUUGCUGGAAAGCAGAUCUGAUUUGUCACCGGGACAACAAUCACAUUGCCACUCGGAAUCUGUGACGCACGCGCUACACAGAGAAGAUGAGCAAAUUCAUGAUCCUGUCACUGGGCCCCUGAGAAAAGACGAGAAAACACAAGAAACAGUGCAAACUAAGCGGAUGUUCAGGUAUGGAGGACCUUCUAGUGAUGCUGAGGUCUGGCACAGAAAAUUCCCAGCGAUCCUGCCGUUCCCAGAAACACAUCAACUGGCAUACUGGGAGAGUCUCAAAAUUGCCUUUGACCUUGACGAAUCUGUGAAAAAGCAGAAGGCAGAGGGUAGUGUUGUCGAGACUAACGUAUCCUUCGACCAUCCAGCCCUUGACCAAUACAAAAGCCUUGGGUUAUACGAAUCUGGAUCCCGAUUCAAACUCCCGACACCAAAAAAGGAAAUUGAAGAAGAGAUAAGGCGGUUGUGCACGGUCGAUCAAAUCGCAAAAGCUGUGGAAGAAUUCAACACGGGCGAGGGGAAGGAUGAGUCUGGAAAGAAAUAUGCUCCGCGGAUCUUCCUGCAUAAGCUGAGCGUUCAGCAGAAAGAUGGUCCAACGGAUAUUCGACGUGCUGUAAAUGCUUCACCCACUAAGCCACGUCAACGUUUAGUGCGAAGUGAUUCGAGCAGUGUUGCUGAAGCCACACCGAUUGUGGUUCAGACUCCUACCAAGCUGUCCUCCGGAAAGCCACUAGCGUCUCUGCCGCGAACACGGGAAAACAGAGUAGCUAUUGCAAAUGACUUAGUUCGUAUGGCAAGGGAAGAGGCGGAGGCUGCAGAAAAGAUGGCACGCGCUGCGAGAGAAAAAGCACGCAAAGCAACACUGGAUGCUCUCAAGAUAGCAGAUCAAGCCAACGGAAAGCUGACAUCGGAUAAUUGUGUGUCAUCCCCUGUUUCUAGAAGGAUCAAUCGAGAGCGUGAGAUGUCGCUCGAAAAGAGUCCAAGGCGUCAGAGUGGAGUCAGCACCGCGCCACCAAGUGCCGAAACAACUCCAACAACGGAUGUCGUUCCUAUUGAGGAGUCCGAUGAUGCACCUAGGUCUGAGUCACCAGCAGUAGAUAUGUCGCAGUUCGUACACACACCCGCCGAUGUUACCACCCCCAAGCCCAGCAGCAGCAGGACUGUUAGGCGCAAACGUAGUAUUGGUGAUGAAGCCUAUACUCCAGAGAGCAAGCGCAGCAAGGUUGGGACGCCUUCAUCGCUGGGAAAGGGCACCAGUGGAAUGCAUCAGACUUCGGGAAAGUCGAUAAGCUCGCCCCAAACCAAUGCAGCUACCAAGAAGUCUUCCGUUGCCAAGAAGCCUGCAGCAAAGCCUAGGACAAAGCUCGGAGGCAAGCCUGGAAACACUGCCGCAGUGGUCAAGCCAGAGAGCAGUAAAGCUACUGCAGCAGGUAAAGCUGCGCGUCGUAUACGGGCGAAAAAGGUGGUGAAGGAGCAAGUUGGUGAUGAUGAGCACACGGAGGAGCUCGAAGAGACUGUUGUGGAAAUCACAAAAUUGAGAGGUACAAGGGAUGGAGCGAGACAUGCCAAGUGA